AUGGGUGUAGCUCCGCGCAAGUGCGGAGAUUUGCCGGAAGGGGGAAAAAAAAACAGAACAAAAGGUGUAGAAACAUUUGAUUUUCCUAACCCUAACAACAUCUUUGGUCUCUCCGCUUCUCUCCACCUCUCUCCGCUUCUCGCUACCUCUUCGCUUUUCUCCGCCUCUCUCUGCGUCUCUCCUCCUCUCGCCGCCUCGUCGCUUCUCUCCACCUCUCUCCGCCUCUCCGCUUCUCUCCGCCUCUCCGCUUCUCUCCGCCUCUCUCUGUGUCUCUCCUCCUCUCGCCGCCUCGUCGCUUCUCUCCACCUCUCUCCGCUUCUCGCCGCCUCUCCGCUUCUCGCCACCUCUCCGCUUCUCUCCGCCUCUCUCCGCGUCUCUUCUCCUAUUGCCGCCUCGUCGCUUCUCUCGGCCUCUCUCCGUGUAUCUCCUCCUCUUGCCGCUGUGUCGCUAAGGUAUUACGUCCGAACUUUAUCUUUCUUUAUUUCAUAUAUGGAGUUAGAGCUACCUAAACGACUUUAUGGAGAGGGUUUGGAACCUCAUGUCAAGAAGAUCAACAAUUGCUGCCGCAUGGAACUUAUCAGAGAUCUGAGUAAAGCCAUGUCUGCAGAGUACAAUGAUGUGAAGAUAGAUCCUGUUUUCAAACAUAUCAUGGCUAUUGCGGAUAACAAGCUCGGGUUUUCAGAGAAAUUGGUGGAUAGUUUCUUGUGUAAGCAGCUGAUUACCUCGAAGAUGCAUGAGAAGUGGUUUGUCUUUGCGAGGACGCCUCUCCGGUUUUCACUCCAGGAGUACCAUGAUGUGACAGGCCUCAAAGUUUCUCGGGAAAGCAACAGUGACGUAGUAACAUGGAAAAAUGACAGGGGGUUUUGGAGUAACCUACUAAGGACUGGUGAUAAGAUCACCUUGAAGUCGAUCCGAAAGGUGCAUCUAAAAGAAGUUCACAAGUGGACUCGGAUUGAUAGGAUGACGUUGAUCAACCUGUGUGUGAUAAUGGGUGUGGUGAUGGGGAGAGAUGAGAAGGUGAACAUCCCAGAUAUGUACAUCAAGUUGGUGAUGGAUCUUGACAAGCUCCGGAAGUUCCAUUGGGGUCUUCACUCGUAUGACUUCCUGCUAUGUUCGAUUGAGAAGGCUAGGAAGAAGUUGGGUAAGAAGGACAGCUACAUUUUUGAGGGUUUCUCAUAUGCUCUCCAGAUUUUGAUUAUGGAAGCAAUUCCUGAUUUUGGAGAAAUAUGUGGGAGACACGUCUCUGGCAGUUUCGUCGGUCCAAGGUGUGGCAAUUGGAAAAGAGUUGCAAACGUUUCUUAUGAAGACAUCAUUGAGCUUGAGGACUCCUUAACUAAGAAGGGUGAUUUGUUCUCGGUUAUUUCAGUGACUGGUAAUGGUGAUAUGUUUCAGCAUGUUGACUAUACAAGGAAGGGUGAGAUGGAAGAUGAACGAGUGGACCUUCUUCUAGAUAGGAUCAGACAGAAGUUUGAUUGGACCUCCACAGAAUGGCUAGUUUUAGAGCCUGAAGAGACUGAAAUGGAGGAAGCCGACAGCCCGGAUAGAGGGUCAGCAGCUGAUAAGACUGUGGCUGAUACUGAUGUUUUAGUAGAGGAGGAGACCUCUUCGGUCACGAUUGUAAGAAAAAGCAAGAGAAAGAUUCUUGAUGAAGGAGCAGUGACCAGAAAGAAGAAGUUGUUGUGUAAGCGAUCUGUAGGAAAAAAUCUUGCUUUUGGUUCUGAAACUAAGAGUUUCAUUGAGGGUCUCAUCCAGACGUCACUCACUUCCUUGGGGGAUAAGCUCAGUACGCAAAUGGCUAAUAUGGAGAGGAUGUCUACAGAGAGGAUGGGGAAGAUGGAGAUUGAGGUUUCACAGCUCAGGGACGCAAUCAGUUUGACCGGUGAAGGAAGCUAUCCUAGCAAGAAAGCAGCUGAAGAAGCUCCACUGCACAGCAAAGCCAAGCAAGCUCCAUCUAAGAGAAAAGCCAAUGAAGAUCCACCUAAGAGCAAAGGCGCUCAAGCUCCACCUAAGCGCAAAGGUGAUCAACCUACACCAAUAAAAAAUGAUGGGAAAAAGAUUGCUACAGAAACUAAUGAUUUUGAUUUUGGAUUGAGUACACAAGACUUGCGGGACCUGUCGCAAGCUACAUUUGUUGACGGUUUUGAUCUAUCUCAAGUGAAAGUUGAGACCUCAAGUAAAUCAAAACCAUUUAACAUGGCUCCACUGCAGUGGAAUGAUGAGCAAAUAGAUCGAACCAAAGAAGACUCGCCAGAUGCCGCGUUGGUGUUUUUCCGUGAAAAGGAUUGGGAAAAAGUUAGAACUUUGUCAACUUCCUCCACGCGUCUACGGAUUGGACCUGCCACUUUAGAUUUUGAGAUUGCUAAUCGUCUUAUGGAUAAAUCUGAGUGGGUUAAUAGCUUGGAGAUUGACGCCGCAAUGUACGUAUUCCGGGAGAGAACAUCUUUGAAACGAUGGAGACCUCAUCGUGUCGCCUUCAUGACUGUUGUCUUCAGCAAUAUGAUUAAAAAAGAGUAUGGUCAUUUAGAAGCUCAGGGUAGAAAGAGCUACAUGCUUUAUAAUUUGCUACUGCAGUUCGGUAAAGGUUUCGUGACGAGGAGCAUUGAUAAGUUCGACUGCUCGGGUAGGAAAAGGUACAAGGAGGUGGAUGGGUUCACAAACCUUAUUCCGCGUAUUGUGAAGGCAGUUCAGCUUAUGAGACACCAGAAGGAUUUCGCAAUCGGUGCAUAUACUGUUUCCUAUGUCCCCGUUGGGAAUCUGAAUAAAAGUGCAUGUGAUUGUGGCGUCUAUGCAGUGAAGUUCAUUGAGUGCCAUGCGCUUGGAUUGGAGUUGUCGUUGUUGCAUGAUGGUAACAUUAUCGAAGCUCGCCACAGGAUUUUAUGGGAUCUUUGGGAAGCAGCUAAUGAUCCGAAAUUGAUUGACAUGAUGUCAAAGUAUCAAUCCCCAGAGUGUCUCUCUUCGACUGGUGAGGAGAUUCUGUGA